AUGACGUUAAUGAGAGACAUUUUUAUGGUGACCCUUGACCCGAAUGAUUCCAAAGGGUGCACUUAUGUUGGAGAUAUAGAAGAUGUAUCUGACCUUAGUGCAGACUGUGUUGAUCCCAUUGUUUUGUAUCAAUUGACCGAAAAUGAGUCGUUACAAGAACAGCCGUUGAAAUAUUUAAACUCAUGUUUCCAGCGUUGUCAGCAAUCCAAACGUAUAUCGAAAAAGAAUCUGGAUGAACAGCAAACUAUUACCUUACAAGAGAUUGAUAGGCUUAUCGUGGGUUAUGCUUUAGUUUGUUUCCAGAUCGAAGAAUUUGCAAUUAAGGGCUCUUUCCAACAGUAUAUUUCUGAUAUAUUACAAGAUUUGGAUAAGUUCACAGAUUUGUUAACUGCAAUGAUCAAUAGAUCAAUCCAGGAGGGAACUGCUUUUGAUUUUGUUGAUAACUUUUUUCAGACUGUGCAAGUUUAUAUUGGUAAGGUCGAUGCAACAGAAGGAUUCGAUUUGAACAACUCUACGUUAUACAAUAAAGUCUUGACUCUUUUCGAGCUAUUUGUAUCGUUCAAACCAGUGGCAACCAUAUUUACCAAAUUGACCGGAUUCUUUGCUGACUAUUCUACCGCUGCUAAUCAAUACGAGAAAGUGACUUUGUUGGGUCCCAUACUUUCCCUCUCGCCACUUCAGACUGCAGUCGCAUUGAAAAAUUAUGUUGACCCUGAUUCUCAAAAUCAGCAACAGAUAAACAUGAUUCACACUUCUUUGCACACGGAACAUAACGUGGUUCUACAAAGAUUAUUCUAUAUUGUGGAUAAAAUCAUUAGAGCAUCACCGGAAUCGAGGUCAGAUCUUUUAUCCUAUCUAGGACAGAUUGUGAAUAAGAACCAUCUUCGUAGAGGUGAUCAUGCACAAGUUAACAAAUUAGCUUCCAACUCCUUUAUGACAAAUAUAACUUUAAUGUUAAUUAAAUUUUCCUUGCCGUUCCUCGAUGUAUCUUACAAGAAGAUUGACAAAAUUGACGUUAAUUAUUUCAACAAUUUGAAUCUUUACAUUGACUUGAACCAGGAAACAAGAAUGAACUCGGAUGCCAAAGAGGCGGACGAAUUUUAUGAUCAGAAUAAGAAAACAAAUGAAGAGGAGCCAAAUUUUAUUUCGCAUUGUUUCUUUUUGACUUUGACGUACUUGCAUUAUGGUAUUGGUGGUACUAUACUAUUUGAUGAGAGAUAUGCUCCAGAAGUCACAAAACUAAAAGAACAUUUGACUCAUUUAAGACAAGUUAUUAAUAAUUCACAAAACAGCAUGAUGGCCAGAUUUGGAGAAAUUCAAUUGAAGCAAUUAGAGAAAAGAUAUCACCAUCUCUCAUCGGUCAGAUCUUCUUGCCAAGGAUUUUUCAGUAAUAAAACUGUGCACCUAGAGGUCUUUGAUUUCAUAGCCGGAGCAAGUACUUUCUUGAUGCGUGUUAUCGACCCGUAUCACCAAUAUCCUUUCAAAACGAUAGACUUGCCUCUAAUACCUGAUCAAAUAGGAGUUGAAAAUGUCGAUAACGCGGAGUAUUUGAGGAAAAACGCCCCAGUUCCCUUUAAAUAUUAUCCAGAAUUUGUCAUCGAAGGUUCAAUCAACUAUUGCCAGUACGUGACAAAAUAUGUGCAAAAUCCACUAUUCAGAAACCCAAGACUCCAUUCUUACAUUGAAUUGGCAACGAUGAUUUUACGCUGUCCUGAAUUAAUAUCGAAUCCUCAUUUGAAGGGUAAAAUGGUUCAAGUGUUAAGUAUCGGAGCUAUGCCAAUGAGUGAUAAUUCUCCAGGUUUCAUGAUGGAAAUCUUUGAGCAUAACGAUAUUGUGUUGAAAAACUUGUUGUAUGGCUUAUUGGACUUUUAUGUUAUUGUUGAAAAGACAGGUUCUUCAUCACAGUUUUACGAUAAAUUUAAUGCCCGUUACAGUAUCUCAAUAAUUCUUGAAGCUUUGUACGAGAUUCCUCACUACCGCAAUCAAUUACUGUGGCAAUCACAAAAUAAUUCUGAUUUCUUUGUUAGAUUUGUAGCAAGAAUGUUGAAUGAUUUGACAUUCUUGUUGGAUGAAGGUCUUACUACACUUGCUGAUGUCCAUAAUAUACAGCUAGAGUUAGAAAAUCGGGCAAAGGGUUUGCCGCCAAGUCGGGAAGAAGAAACCCAAGAGCUACAAAAUCGUCUCAAAUCCGCUGAAAGACAAGCCAAGUCGUCAUGCGGAUUGUCGGAAAAGUCGUUAGUGUUGUUCAAUAUUUUCACGAAGCAUAUUCCAAAAGCUUUUUCCACACCGGAAAUUGUAGACAGAUUGGCUGCGAUGCUAGACUACAAUUUGGAGUCGUUAGUAGGCUCCAAGUGUCGUGAAUUAAAAGUCAAGGAUCCAUCGAAAUAUCAAUUCAAUCCCAAGACUUUGUUACAGACAUUGGCUACAAUUUACAUCAAUUUAGCUGAUGAACAAGAAUUCAUUGCUGCAGUUGCUAGAGAUGGCCGUUCCUUCAAUAAAGAGUUGUUUAAGAAGGCUGUACAUAUCCUCUCAGUGAAAACUGGCCUAUUUUCUGAGGAAAUGUGCCACAAGUUGAUAUAUUUUGCCGACUCCGCUGAAAAAACUAGACUCCUGGAGGAAGAAGAAGACUUGGAAAUGGGAGAUGCUCCAGAAGAAUUCUUGGAUCCUUUAAUGUAUACUAUCAUGAAAGACCCAGUCAUUCUCCCUACUUCCAAAGUUACCAUUGAUAGAAGCACCAUUAAAGCACAUUUGCUAAGCGACUCAACAGACCCCUUCAACAGAUCACCAUUGAAACUUGAGGAGGUUAUACCCAACGUGGAGUUGAAGGAGAAAAUCUUGGAAUUCAGAAAAUCUAAGCGUUCGAAGAAAGAAUAG